AUUGGUGUAGCAGCAGCAUGCAGCCGUUCGGCAGCUUGCGGCUGGUCGACGUCGUCGUUAUUACCACGGUAGCCACUUGGCAGCCGAGUUACCUUGAAUAUGUAUAAUCUGGCUCCUUGAGUAUAAGUUCUCGACCAGCCGGUGUUGCUCUCGCUAUGCCUCAGCCUCCUGCUGUCAACAUCUCGCCACUCUUCCUUCUAGGAACGCAGCGGAGAUACGCCUGCACCCCAAAAUCGAACAAGCUGGUGGAUGUGAUAAUGGGAGCAAGCGGCACAAAGGAGGUUCGACAGCAUCGCUUCUUGAUCUGGGGCGGCGAUGGCUGAAUCGCUGGGCACCUCAAGACCCUGUUAGAGAAGCAGGGUAAAGAUGUGUACAUAGCGAUGGUCCGGAUGGAAGAUCGCGAAGCUGUCCUCAGAGAGCUUAUCCGGGUCCAGCCAACGCACGUCGUGGAUGCUGCGGGCUGCACGCGACGGCCCAACGUCGACUGGUGCGAAGACCACAAGGAGGCAACCAUCAGACCCAAUGCCAUCGGCACGCUGAAUCUAGCCGAUUGCUGCUUCCUGCGGCACAUUCACUGCACUGUGUUCGCCACCGGAUGUAUCUACCAGUACGAUGAGACGCACCCGUUGGGAGGACAGGGCUUCCUCGAGACCGACCCAGCCAACUUUGCCGGCAGCUUCUACAGCAUGACCAAGGCCCACGUUGAAGAGAUCAUCAAGCAUUACAAUAACUGCUUGAUCCUCCGAUUGCGCAUGCCGGUCUCGGACGACCUCCACCCGCGCAGCUUUGUGACCAAAAUCACCAAGUAUAAGCACGUGGUGGAUAUAUCGAACAGUCACACGAUCCUGGCGGAUCUGCUGCCAGCCGCAAUCCUGUUGGCCGAGCACGGCGAGGUGGGCGUUUAUAACUUCACCAAUCCGGGCGCUAUCUCCCAUAACGAGGUGCUGACCCUGUUCCGCGACAUUGUGCGACCGGUCUUUACCUGGAAGAACUUUAGCAUCGACGAGCAAGCGAAGGUAAUCAAAGCCGGCCGCAGCAGCUGUAAGCUGGAUAUCACCAAGUUGGUUGCUAAACUGAAAGAGUAUGGCUAUGAUAUUCCGGAAAUUCACAAGGCAUACCGGUGUUUUGGAAGGAUGAGAGCCACUGGUAUCCAGUAGGUAAUUAAGUACUAGUAGUACAUUAAAAAUGUAUGUACUCGGACAAUACAAUACGCAGUACCUG